AUGUACGAUUAUCUCGACUCUGGGCACAUGAAUCGAUUUAAAACCAGUGAAACAGAUGCCACUUCGUCAACAUACUAUAUUUCACAUCAUGCUGUGAUUAAGCCAGGAAGUACUACCACAAGAGUACGGGUUGUGUAUGAUGCAUCUGCAAUCUCGACCAACGGAAAAUCUUUGAACGACCAGCUCUAUCCUGGACCUAAAUUACAACAGGAUCUGCCUGGAAUAAUCAUAAGGUUUCGAUUACACAAAGUGGUUUUUACGACCGACAUUAAACAAAUGUUUAGGCAGAUCGUCGUUACCUCAGACCACCGAUCGUACCAGCGACUCCUUUUUUGGUUUAAACCACUGAUCCAGUGUAAACUUUUGAGAAGUCAACUGUCACUUUUGGCCAACGUUCAUCAAAGUUUUUUUUUUAAGGACAUUACACCAACUGGCAACUGA